CAGGCUAGUUGCUCAAAUAGUAAUGAUGAUAAAUCAACAAUUCAGCCAUCAUUUAUCACUGGUGGAACUCUGAGGCCAUACCAGUUAAAAGGCCUGGCUUGGCUUAAGGUCAGUGCUGUAUGCAAGUAAAUUUUACACAUUUAAGAAUAUAAUAUAUUUAAUUUUUAAAUGUUAGUGUUAACUGGGCUUUUCCAGUAGCUAGGCAUUGUUCUUGCGAUGGUACAUUUAACUUAUCCUUGUAAUGCUCAUUUCCCUUAUGUUGGCUGUUUGGUCAGCAACAAAUAGAAUAAUUAUUGGCCAUACUACAGCAGUAAGAUAAGUAUAUCAUUUUAUUUAGACAUGUAUAUCCACUCCCCUUGCCACCCUUUGUUAGACAAGAUGCAGAAAGUUUAUGAAGUCUGAGGAGAAUCACUUAUUAGGGCCGUUUAUGCGAGAGGAAAUAAGCCGCGGCUUACCCUGGCCCCGGCUUAUAUAAGCCGCGAACACCCUGUAUAAAUGGUUCAAAAUCUACGUUCACGGCUUAUUCAACCCACGGCUAGUUCAAGCCGCGGCUUAUCCUGACCGAGGAGUUUUGGGUUGGGCUUAUCCAAGCCGCGGCUUACCUUGGACGUGACAGUGUUCGUAUAAACGACACUAAAACGUUGUCCGCGUCCUGCUGAAGCCGUGAACGAUUUCUGCGCAUGCUCUGUUUUCAAUUAUAUCCCAGACCUUUACGGCUGAUAGACGCACGCUGCAGUGGCGGGAAAGUGACCUGCUGCACGAGAAAAAAAAUUUUGUCUAAACAACACCUCAUCCAUAUGCAUCCCUGGAACAUCUCUUUCAAACCACUCGAUUGAACGCUUACUAGCUUUUCGUCGAGGUUUCCGACAAGUUUCGCAACAGCGCAACGCUAAUCUUGAACGUAAUGUUAAUUUGAAAGAAUGUAAAAUAUGGCGAUUUUUUAGACCAAAGCCAAUCGUUUUGCUUUUCGCAAAUUACGCAAGGCACCAAAACAAACUACGUCAUCAUUGGACCGGUCUGGCCGCAAACUAAGCCGUGAACCAUUUAUACCAGCAGUUCGCGUCUUAUGUAAGCCGUACUCGUAUAAAUGGUUCCUUUCGCGGCUUAUGUAAGCCUUGGCCCGAGUAAGCCGUGACUUAUUUUCUCUCGUAUAAACGGUCCUAUUGUCUGAUUUUUUCUACACAGGUUCUGUAUGAAAAUGGAAUGAAUGGUAUUUUAGCUGAUGAAAUGGGCCUUGGAAAAACAUUGCAGUGUAUAUCAAUGCUGGCGUUUUUAGUUGAAAUGGGUGUCAAAGGACCUUUCCUCAUUGCUGCUCCUCUUUCCACUCUGCCUAACUGGGUGCACGAGUUUCACAAAUUUGCUCCAAAGGUGUGAUUUUAUCAUUUUGAAAAGGUGGCUGUGAUACUUACAAUGUAAUAUGAAUUUUUUUGGAAGUGAUGUGUAUGUUAAUAUGGUAAAAUUGAAAGCUUUUUUGUUUACCCAUCAGAUUCCUGUUAUACUUUACCAUGGAUCACAGGAAGAACGUCUCCGUAUGCGCUCCAAGUUGGAAAAGCCAGUGACAGUUGAAGGCAAUGUCUCAGCUUUUCCUGUAGUUGUUACAUCUUACGAAAUUUGUAUGAGAGAUCAGAAAAGCAUGUAUUCACUGGACUGGAAAUACAUCAUUGUUGAUGAAGGCCAUCGCAUUAAAAACCUCAACUGCAAACUUAUUAGGUAAGAAUGACUUGUUGUAAUAUGUUGGCCAUACAUGUAAUAAAUUUUAUUAUAGUGAUCAAAGGGGAGCCAGAAACAUCAGGCAGGCAUGUAGCUACAUUAAAAUUCAGCUGCUGGUAGAAGGUGCUUAUUGCUGCCUUAAACUAGAAGGCAAAGACAUGGGACAAUUCUGAAGGUGCAGUUUAGUAAAAAUUUAAUAGCUGGCUAUAAUAAAAAUAAGCCUGCUCAGCUUUUCCUUAGCCACAUCCCUGUUCAGGUGUAGGGUAGGGUAUUGUCCAUCCUUUAAAGUUAUCGGUUAUUCUUUCUUUGAACAGAGAACUGAAGACAUACAAGGCUGCAAACCGUCUACUUCUGACAGGCACUCCAUUGCAGAACAACCUUUCAGAGUUGUGGUCUUUGCUGAACUUUCUGCUGCCAGACAUUUUUGAUGACCUAGAAAGGUGAAUUUUGUUUGUUUGCUUUUUCACUCAGGAGAUGGUAUUAUUUGAAGCUUUAUUUGUUUCGGCAGUACAUAUUAUACAGUAUAGUGAUGUUGGGAAAUUUAUUGUUAGGAUUAACGCAUGUUUUGUCAUCUGUUAGUUUUCAGCGGUGGUUUGAUUUUAGUGCCAUCAAUGAAGAUGGUGGAAGUGAACGAAUAAUUGAACAGGAGAGGGAGCAUCAAGUGUUAGAGCGGCUUCAUGCUGUAAGAAUGUUACUUCACAGUUCAUUUGUAAGGGUGUUGCUUAAGAUAACUUUCAUUAAAAUUAUAAUUUUGUUGUAAAUGGGAGAAUAGUGUGAACAAGCUCUUUGGGUAAGUGUUGACUGUGUGCUUUUGAUCAGUCAAUUCAAAGCGAAAGUUAUAAAAGUCAAGUUAGUAAACAAGCUCUAGUCCUUGCCCUUGCUGAUGUUAAGGGCUCAAAGACUUGAAAUAAAUCAAUUGGUAAAUCAAUUAGCAUAAAAUUAAUAUACAUAAUGCCAGUGGCCGGUUAUGCAUGAUUAGAUAUGCAAGAGGAUAUAAUGAUGAGGUUUCCUUUCUGGUUACCAGUAACACCCUACUUAUGUGAAAACAUGAAGCAUUAUUAAUGUGCCACAAUUAGUCACGUAAAUUCUGUGCAGCUUGGUCUGAAAAGUCACAUCCUAUAGGUUCUAAGAGGAGAGGGUAAUUGUUAUUAAUCUUACUGGUGUUAGUUAAUAGUCUUGUUUUUACUCGUCAGAUUCUCACACCGUUCCUACUGAGACGCCUCAAGACAGAUGUGGAAUUGUCCUUGCCACCAAAGAAGGAGGUCUUGGUCUAUGCACCACUGACACUAAAACAGGAGACGUUCUACAAAGCUGCCUUAGACAGAACACUUCUUGACAUUGUGGGUAACAAGAAGGUAAAAAUUUUCCCUAUUUCUAAGCAAGAAGAAAGAAAUAGAUCAGUAGUUGUGAUGGUCACAGUCGUUUUAGUCCGUUGGUAGUAGUGGUAGGUGGGUUAGUUGUCAGCCCUGUAGUAGUUGUAGUUGUCAUGCUCCUUGGCAUCAUGGGCAUUGUAGUCCCUGUUGUAGUGGUGGUCUUUGUGAGCAUUUUGGCCUUUUAAGUCAUUGUGGUCCAUAUAGUCGUCUUGCACAGUGCACUGUAGAGAAAAGGAGGAUUGACAAUGGCAUUUCAUUAACAACAAUGAUUUCAUUACUUAUUAUAAGCAAAUUUGUACAAGCCCGUACAAAACUAGCAGUGCUGCUGCAGCGCUGCAGAAUGACUUCAAGAAGAGCUGCAAAAGGGCUGGCUGCAGCAGUAGCAAAUUUUGGCUGUUUUGCACUGCAGUGGAAAGCCCUUUGACAGCGAUAAACAGCGCUGUUGCAGCGGUGCAGAAAAUUCCCGAAUUAGAUCUGCGCUGCAAAGUGGCUGCAAAGUGGCUUCGAAAAGACAAAGAAUGUUGUUGCCGGUAAUGGCCUACCACUCGUUAGUACAAAAAAAAAGAAAUGCAGACUUCAAUAAUACAAUAAUAAAGAACCAUGGUAGAGGAGUUGACAAGGCCUUAGGAGGAGUAAAAACCACUAGAAAGUCAAAAUGCAACUGAUACUUUAUUAGUAUCCACGCGUACGUGUUGCAAAAGCAAGUGACAUAACAAAUCUGCAACAGUCUCGCUUUGUAAAUAUUCAGCAGUCACGGUCACUCAUCUAAAUGUAAGAACUGCCAUUAACAUGCAGACAUUGAAGUUUAUCUUUUUAAAGAAAUAAAGAGAAUAACAGCGACUGUUCUACAUAAAGUUUACACCGGACAACAGCCAAAUGAUAUUUUGAUUCCUUGCAACACGUUAAGCCUGACAUUGCUCACGUUGACGUUUUGUCCAUGAUCGACGAUCUGUUACACUUUUUUCGUGAAAGAAAUCAACCCAAUCUUACUUUGGUCGUCGUUAAAUGUUACUAUGGACUAAGGAAUGUACAUUAUCGUGAACGUUUGAAUCUUGUAAGUGCAUUCGUAUCCCAGCGAAGAUUCUUGCAUCUGUGUUAGUUGCUCUGGUUCGAUUCAUCGGUACUUUGCGUAGAAUUCACCGACAGUGCCAUUGUUUACAAAUACCUUUGAGCUGUUCCAUCCAAAAACAUCAACAGAACUUCCAUCUCGAAACAGAACUAGAUGCAAAAAACUUACAAAUUUGUAUGAAUGUUUGCGCCUUUCAUUCAACGGUCACAAAUGUUUGUCUAGAGAUGUAAUGGGAUCUUAUGCAAAAGUGCCGACCAAUUAGAUUACAGCCUAGAAUGCCUCCAGGGAAUUAGCGAUAACAUUCCCACACCCGUCAGUCACGGAAUGAAAUUUAAUGAAAGCAUAGAAUUUGAAGGUUUAUUCAAUAACUGAUCUUCCCUGCGAACAAGCUUACUCACAUUUCUUAGAGGUACAGUCAAAGUUUUCUCGUUAUAAAUGCUGUAAUCUGUAGCAAGGCUUUUCUGGCGAUUCAUGUUAUCUCAAGAACGUUGUGCUAUCAGAUCGAGCGCAGCUUAAUUGUAGCCUUAUUGCAGCUACUUCGCAGCUUUUGAAAGUUGGCAACUAAGCUGCAAAACCGCUGCCGUGAGCUUCAAAGGCUGCACAGCGCUUUUGCAUCCCGCUGCAACUUGAAUUAAGCUGCUGUUUGGCUUCUAGAACGCUGCUAAACAGCUAUAAUUUAGCUCUACAGCUAUUUUGAAGCGAUUUUGUGGCACUGUACAGCGCUGCAAGUUUCGUAUGGGGGCAUAUGAUCAAAUGGGUAUUAAAUGGAUAAUGUAUCUAGUCCCUUGUCUCCUUCAAGGAAAAUGAUGACCCAGUGGAACUUAGUGGUACAGGCAGACCAAAGAGAAAGGGGAGGCAAGAUAUCAGUUACAAGCUUUUUUUCAGUGAAAAUGAGGAUGACGAAGAGUUGCAGGACUUCUUGAAAAAACGUGAUGACAGGUUGGUUACCAGACUUCAUGGACCCUUGUAUCUUAAUAAAAAUUAAAUAUCAUUUUGGCAGUUUACCUCUUGGUUUGAACGAAGCACUGUGAUAAAAGGAAUCCUUUAAAUCACUCCUUUGAUAAUUUAUUUUAUUCUACAGUGGAACCUUAAUGUCAUAAGCCAAGGAGGGACCUGGAUUAUUAACAGGGUUUUCAUUAAAAAUUCCAGUAGCAGGAGAAAGGUGUAACAUCACAGUAGAAUAUUUUUAAAGAGGCUCCAUGUCUAAAUAAAAAAUAUUCAUAGGCUACUAAACAUUAGCUGGAGAAUUCUGCGUAAUAAACGAAGAUUCUCAGAUCUCUGAUGCCUAAUAAACACCCUGAUUCAAGGUCUUUUCCAUGCAUUUACUUUAUGUUGUUGGAGUGAAAGACAUUGUCCAUUGCACUGAGCUCUUGGUCAUAAUGGGGCUCAUUAUGUCAGGAUUCCAUUCAAUAGGUACCUUGCCCAGCUGCCAAAUUAAUGCAAGAAUGGGUACCGUACUGUAAAGUAGUUUUUAAACAUUUUGGAUUCACUGUUCAUUAUCCAGAAAUGUUUUUUUUGUUGACAGGAAUUCCCCUUGCAUAAGUGCACCAAGCACACUUGUAAAUGUCCGCAUGACAAACAUCUUAAUGCUUUUGAGGAAGUGCUGUAACCACCCAUAUCUGUUGGAAUGCCCUCUAGAGGAAGGAACACUUAUGCGUAGGGUGGAUGAGGAAAUAGUGACCAGCAGUGGCAAGAUGCUGCUUCUUGAUCGUAUGUUGCCAGUCCUUAAAAAGAGAGGGCACAAGGUAUGUUCAAAUGUUCUUACACUGUAGUUAUUGCUUUACAAUCAUUUAUUGCAAUGUGCUCCAUUUUAGCUGCCCCCCCUCCCCCCCACCCCCCCUUACAUCUGUACUUCUUCCUUCUUGUGCCAGGGAUUGGGAAGGCCGUGCACCACUUGCAUAUAGCACAAAAAUUUAGAAAAUGUCACAUUAUAACACUGCCAAUCGAGCCCAGUGUGCACCCUGGUCGUGUAAUUAGUGAUAUGCACUACAAUCUGUGUAUUAAUUUUGUGUUGCGACAAAUAAAAAUAUGAAGUAUCAACAUUUGUCUUUGUUUCUUCGAUAGAUGACCUUUCGUGUUCAUUUAUUUUUGUCUGACGAACUUCUUUCUUCAUUGUUUUCGUCUUUCUGGCUGAAAUUAAUCCAUUUGCAUUUGAAUUAGUGAGAUAACGCCUCUGAAGAAAGUUCCUAAAUUAGAUUUUCAAGUUUUUAUUUAGGGUGAAUUUAAACCCCGAGUCGGCCAACAAAAACAGCAAUGAUGUGACUGACAAAUCUGAAGGUCCAUUUGGUGAAACAAGUAAGCCCUUCACACUCUCCAGGCCUACAUGUAACAAAGACAGGAAAUUCCAGUCCAAGUGGCUGACUUUGUGGCUGUCACUCUGGCUAGUGUUUGAAAGAGAUACCAUGUUUUGUAAAACUUGCCUCAAACAUGGCAAAAAAAAAUACCAUAACCCUUGGGUGCAAAUACUAUUAAGUAUAAAAAAACUGCAAAAAAUACUCACUACUUACUCAUGUAAAGCACAUUGAAAAUACACAAAAUAUUGCACACACUUCCACGAAUUGCACACAUCAUUUCCGUCUUCCUUUUCAUCUGGCCCAUCCCAUGACUUUAAUGGCCCAUACUUUCACAAAAUGGCCCCAUAACUUUUCAAAGUCAGGGGCUUUUGGCCCAUUUGUCUAUUUUGCCUUCCCAAUCCCUGCCAUACUUUUGAAAGUAUACCUUUAGAUAACCAUUUCCUCCUCAAAUGGCUACUGGCUUAGUCUUGAUAUGGAGAGUGUGUUAAGUAGUAAUUUUUAUCUGUUUUCUCUAUGUACUGUAGGUGUUAAUUUUCUCUCAAAUGACCAGCAUGAUGGACAUUAUAGAAGACUACUGUAUUUUGAGAAAUUAUGGCUACUCUAGGCUUGAUGGGUCCAUGAAAGUGACAGACCGACAGGAUGAGGUCUGUACAUACAAAACUAUAAUAAUUAUGAUUACACAGUAGAACCCCGGGAACAGGGUGCAAAGGAAGUCACUUUUACAGCUUGCCUUUCGGUCAAGCUGACGCUAACAUUUACUAGCCCAAACAUCAUUUCAACUAGCUCCAAAAACGUUUUGAUGUGCAGAUUGAUUUCAGGGUUCUUCUGUAAUUUUGAUGUCAAAUUCCACUAGCCCUGGGCUAUCGGACACUAGCUACUUUCCUUGCACACUGCCUGGUAACUCAAACUCUGAAAGGAAAUGAAAAACAGUUUGAGUUAUCUGAGUACAAGUUUUUGGGGUUCCACUGUAUUUACAAAGAUUCUUUCUUCUCUAAAUCUUUUUGGUUAAUAGUAACGCUUUGGCAUUUACAUACAUUGUAACAGCAUUAUGAAUGAUAUUAUGACAAAGUGACCAGCUUAUGGUUGCUCAUAAAAGUUUUCAACAAUAAUUUUUGGGCACAUCAAACUUUUUUGUAUGUUACUACUCGACUGUGAUUCAAAAUUGUUACUGUGAUGCUUAUAGGAGGACAUAGACACAACUGCAAAAUCAAUUUUCUUUUCUCUUUUGAACUUACCAGCAGUCUCUAGCUAUACAACAUUUCAUCUCCAGGAAAAUUUGCCCAUAUUUGGUGAAUAUUUUCCUUUUUAUUUCUUUCACUAUUGCAUUGUUGUGGCUGCAUAGCUAGUUAAUGGUACAAAACAAAUUGCCAAUCAAUGGAUGGCCACAAACCUCAUUUUUGAGUUGCAUGAAAAUUCAGAAAUUUGAAUAAUAAAUCAUUAAUGGUUGUCAUAACAGUCACACCAAGAAAACCACAAACACCAGAAAUAUUUCUAGAAUGUUAUUGUGUUGCUUGCAAGAAGAAAGCCAAUCAGGCAUGAGAAAACUGAACCGCAAGCAAGAAUGUUAAUUAGUUUGUGGUUUUGUGGCUAGUUCGCAUGUCCCGAUCUUUGCUUUGAUUGGUAAUAACAAAAUAAAAAUUCCUGAGAUAUUUGAAGCGUUCAGGCUAUAAACUGUCCCAUAAAAGAUAAAAUGUACUUACUUUGUUUUCUUUGUCACUUUUUAGAUAAAAAAAUUUGAAUCAGAUCCAUCAGUUUUUAUAUUUAUGCUGAGCACCAGAGCUGGUGGACUUGGACUUAACUUGGCUGUGGCUGACACUGCAAUUAUCUAUGACAGUGAUUGGGUGAGUUGCCAGCUUCAAAAAUAACUGUUUGAAUUAAAUGACUAUAAUUAUUAUAGUCAUUUUGGAAAUGUGCACAUAGGCACUGAUUGUGAAGUGUGAUGACAACAUGUUAUGAUUAGUUUGUAACAUGAAGCUGUGAAUGUUUAUGCUCAUGUUAUGGUUAUGUUAAAGGUUUGGUUGAACCCUUUGCAAUCAAGUCGGAUGAAAUUAUAAUUAUUGUAUGUACUAAGAUUGACAUGCCAUGGGCUGGGCUGAGCUCUAGCAGAACCUGGUGGCGCCUGUUAUCGGGUGACUAGAAAAUCUCAGUUUUUUCGUACAAAUCACAUGCUUGGCACCCUAGAUUUUACAGGUUUAGAGCACUGGGCUCCCCUCAAUUUUCUUUAGAUCACAGCCUUGAAUGCUCUCAUUUUUCAGUGUUCUGUUUAUUUUUCGCUGGUCCUGGACUUAGAUUUACAGAGAUAUUUACUUUGGCAAAUAGUCUUUCCUGAAAUGCACUAACAUUCUGGAUGUUAAAAAGAAAUGAGCCGUAACAUGUAACUAUUAAGCUUGCAGAAAAUGUACAGUUUGUAGGCGGGUAAUCAGUUAUUAAAGCUACAAGCACUAGCGCAAUUCCACACAAAGACGAUCCUAAAGGGUGGAUGAUACCUUAAGCCUUUGAUGGCACUGUGCUAAAAUAAGAUUUGAUUUUUAGAAUCCACAGGUAGACUUGCAAGCUCAAGAUCGUUGCCACAGGAUUGGUCAAACUAAGCCUGUUGUUGUGUAUCGCUUUGUCACUGCAAACACUGUGGAUCAAAAGAUUGUUGAACGAGCAUCCACCAAGAGGAAACUUGAAAAGAUGAUCAUUCACAAAGGUCGGUAGAGUACUUGAUGGGAAGAGUGAUUUGCCACUGAAAUGUUAAUUAAUUUUUGACUUGUUGUCAGGCUCUAUACUAACUUUAUGGGAUCAUCAUUAUGUGUCUGGGAAACUGCCCACCCACCCCUCCCCUAAGCCAACAUUUUGCCCGAAGUGUGAAGUAAUAGUUAAUCUUCGCUUGAGGGAGGGGUAGGUGGGCAGUUUCCCAGAAACGUAGAACGAUCCCACUGUGCAACCCCCUUCUUCUCAACUCAGGGAAUAACAGGGAGGAGGAGAAAAUUUUGUUUUCAAAUUUGACUGCUAACACUAUGGAUAGAACUACAGCUGUAUAUAAACAAAUUCUGAGAAGCAGUUAACUUAGAUGCCUGUCUGAAAGAUAAUGACUGCUCUUAUUCAUGCACACUGUACCUAUUUGAAUUAGUGCUUGUUGAAGUUGUGUAAAGCCUCAUUCAGAUGAGCAAGGUUUCCUUGUGAAUAUACCUUGCUCAGGUAUAUUGAAAACUUUGACAAACUUUCUCCUGACAAGGUAAAAAACACAAGUUUUACCAUUUACAUGACCAAGAAAACUUGCUCUUACAAUAAAUGGAGCCGGCGUUCAAGAUUCUCUUGUACAUAUUUUGAUCUAUCCAUACGAAUUCGCGUGUGCGGAAAUUCGGCAGCAGAAAAGUGGUCAUCUGUGAAAUUGCAAAAAGAACAUGGGUUUCUAAAACAGAACCUGACUGAAGACCUAAAUGAAGUGGUGGAUGAAUUUUUUGGGUUGCAGGCAAAUUUAAGGGCAAGCAAGACACAGAAGUGAUUGGUGCCAAGGAACUUCAUGAACUGCUGACGUCAGGAGAUCAUGAUAGCAUAGUGUCCAGUGAUGGACUGAUGAUGAGCAACAAAGAUUUAGAGGCUUUACUGGACAGAAGCGAUCUGCGAUGUAAAGGAGCUGCAAGCAAAAAGGGCAAACAGAUAUCCAAACAAAAUAGCAAAAACUCUGAAUUUUUUCGUGUUGUUGAGGAUGCACCAGAUCCGUCAUGA